AUGGCGGUUCGCGUUAAACGCCCUCCGCCUGUCCCCUCACCCUACUCAAAGCCCACUGCCCAGGACCAGCUAAUGGCCCUGUUCUACUCGAAAACCGAGUCGCUACUCUUGACAGCAUUGAGAAACUCCAAGUGCCGCCUGUGCGACGAGUUCGUCUCAGGCCCCAUAUCGCACAUUCGCCAAAUGCACCAACUUGGUGUAAACGCUACCUUCGACUGCCCUAUGUGUUUUAAGGCAGUCUCCCUAAACCUCUGCAUAGACCACUUCAGGGUCAAGCAUGCAGACUCCUUCCUCUCCCCUGUAAAGUGUGGGGAAAUCGUUGCCAGAGCACUCCUAGCUACUGGCAACACCCCUGCACAGACGCAAGUCCCUAACCCUGAACCAGUUGGUGCUCAGCCAUCCAGCCCAGCACCCGAAGCACUUCUUCCGACACCCACUCACUGCCUCAGCUGGUCUGAGGAAAUGGACGAAACCAUGCCCCACAUUGGCAUCCUCACUAACGACCCACACACAGUAACAGGCCAUCAGGAAAGGCAUGAGGCAGUACAGGCUACUGUCACACCUAUCCCACACCCCCACUGUAAGGCUGCUAUAAGCAGCCUUCUUGCAGUUUGCAAAUAUGCAAACAGCCUGGCUGAUGCCAUUCUCAAUGCUGAGGAUCACUUCAUGCCCCCUAUUUUGGACAAAACCUCAACAGAGGAAAUGUGCUGA